AUGUCAGUCAAGACCCGUAAAAUAGCAGUUGUAGGAUCGCGUGCAGUGGGGAAAUCAUCAAUGACAGUACGCUACGUUGAAGAUCAUUUUGUUGAAAGUUAUUACCCCACUAUCGAGAACCAAUUUAGUAAAAACAUUACCUACAAGAAUCAAGAAUACGCUAUAAAAGUAUUGGAUACCGCUGGUCAGGAUGAAUACAGUAUGAUGAAUGAAAAACACCUUGUUGGGAUACAUGGUUACCUCCUUGUAUAUUCAGUCACCUCCCGACAAUCUUUUGAAUUGGUUGAGUUUAUAAGAGACAAGAUACUAAAUUCCAUUGGCAAUGAAAAUAUUCCUAUGAUUUUGAUUGGUAACAAACGAGACCUAACGUAUCAGAGACAGGUGGAAGAACUGGAAGGUGCUGAACUUGCACAGAAGUUCAAGUGCCGCUUUUUGGAGACUUCAGUGAAGGAGAACUACCACAUCAAAGAAGCAUUUGAAGGAUUAAUUGAUAGGAUUGAAAGGAUACAGAAUCCUCCAGUGGUGAAGAAAGAAGAUAAAUGUGUGAUUAUAUAG